UAAUCGUCAUUGAACAUGAUAGGUGAAGAGGAACGUGAACACCAAUGUAAGGAAUGCGGGCUAAGGCUUUCGACUCGAAGUGCAUUGACGGCUCACACGCGCUCGCACAGGGUCGCCGCCGACGCUCACAGAUGUGAUGUCUGUCACAAAACUUUCGCUGUGCCUGCGCGCCUGGUGCGCCACUAUAGGACGCACACCGGCGAGCGCCCCUUCGAAUGCGAGUACUGCCACAAGAUGUUCAGUGUCAAGGAAAAUCUUCAAGUGCAUCGACGAAUUCAUACUAAGGAGCGCCCGUAUAGAUGCGCUGUUUGCGGAGCUGCCUUCGAACAUUCCGGUAAAUUGCAUCGUCACGCUAGAAUACAUACCGGUGAGAGGCCGCACGCGUGCCCGCAUUGCCACAAGACAUUUAUACAAUCAGGACAAUUAGUAAUUCAUCUCCGAACGCACACCGGCGAAAAGCCUUAUCGUUGCCCGGCGGCCGGCUGCGGCAAGGGGUUCACGUGCUCUAAGCAGCUCAAAGUACACUCCCGUACUCACACCGGGGAACGUCCCUACACUUGCGAGAUUUGUCUCCGUGAUUUCGGUUACAAUCACGUGUUAAAAUUGCACCGUUUUCAACAUUUCGGCGAACGUUGCUAUCGUUGUACGGUGUGUGAUGGAACCUUUAACACAAAGAAACAAAUGGAAGCUCACAUAUACAAGGAGCACGGCGCGGAGACACCUCGAGCCCCGUCGACGACGACGCAGUACACCGUGCCGCUAGUAGUAAAAGGGAACGUGAUGUGCGACAUCGUGGAAGCAGCGCUGCAACAACUGCCCCCCACUCCGCCCAGCUCGCCGCCCUCGCCGCCCUGCCCAGCGCCUAGCGCCGUCCAGACCUCACCACCAUCGCUCAUUUCGCCGGCUCCAUCUCCUUCGCCGCCCGCAAUGGGCACGUCCAGUCAGACAGUCAUGACUCUCGCUCCUUCCUCGCUUCCACCCCGAAAACGGAAAAUCAUUCCACAAGUAGAAUCUGUGCAGGCGGAGUCGAUAGUUCGUCACACGUCUGUUAUACAGUUCGCUCCGGCGGCUUCGGAUUCUUCGUAGCAUUUGUUUGUAAAGUUUUUUCAAUAAAUUCUCGUUCAAGUUAGCUAAUAUAUAAGGCUUGAUUCUAAUCGAAGGCUGUAAGAUGACUGUAUGAAUCUGUAGUUAUAGUUUAGAAGAGCAAAUGACGAUCGUCAUCAUUAUUAGUGCGGUGAGCUAGAUUUGAUGUUUUUGUAAUGCUGCAAUGACGUAUUGUUUUAAAUUUUAAUCUUGAAAAAGACUAAUUAGAUGUUUAAACGUAUUUGUGCGGUCAAUAUUAUGUAAUAGAAUAAGUUUUGUAUUUAUCUACUAUGUGUUACUAUUCUUAAGUAAAACAAUUUAAGUUAA